UAGAAGACAGGGGGUGGGGGUAAAAAGAGGGGUAUAUUAGGACUAGAAGACAAGACAAGGUCCAGAAGAAGCUCCGGAGAAUUCCCUCUCGACGUUGGCUGGAUGGCCCGACACGCAGCUCUGAGCAGCCUUUUUGGCGACGACCCUUUCUUCAGCCAGGGGGCGCUGCUGUGGCCCUUCCCCUCGCUGGGCCGCAAAGUGCAGCUGGCAGACCACUUCUUCAAGGACGCACCGUCGCUCGCUAAUUUCCCCACCGCUUUCAACAGGCUAAGCGACGUGGACAACCAGGCUGAAGAUGGAGAGGUGGUGGAGAGACAAAGUCCAGCUCAGCACGCUGGCGCUGCACACGACGAUCUACUGGUGACCCUCGAUGCUCGUGGCUACGCCCCCAGCGACAUCACGGUCAAGCUGGAGGGGCGGAGCCUGCUAGUGGCGGCCACCAAGCAGGCGGGAGCAGAGGAGGCCCACUCCUGCUCGUCCCCGUCCUCGCACGCCUCCGUGGCCUCCUCCGCCUCGGCCCGCGUGGGUUUCAGCCAGAAGAUCCAACUGUCACCUCACCUGGAUCUGGCCGGCCUGUCCUGUUCGCUCAUGGAUGACGGACAGCUGCGGGUACACGCCCCCGUGGCCAGGCGGCCAAUCACGGAGGGGCAUGAAGAGGAACAGAGAAGGACGUUGGAGGGUGAGGAAGAGGAACCUCCUCGAUUUAGGGCUUCCCUGGAAUUCCCAAUCACCAAAGAGAACACAGACUAGUACACGCACUAAAAUCACUAAUGGAUCUUCAUUUAUAAAUGUAUUUAAUAAGUGUUUAGUACAUGCACUAAAAUCACUAAUGGAUCUUCAUUUAUAAAUGUAUUUAAUAAGUGUUCAGUACACGCACUAAAAUCACUAAUGGAUCUUCAUUUAUAAAUGUAUUUAAUAAGUGUUCAGUACAUGCACUAAAAUCACUAAUGGAUCUUCAUUUAUAAAUGUAUUUAAUAAGUGUUCAGUACACGCACUAAAAUCACUAAUGGAUCUUCAUUUAUAAAUGUAUUUAAUAAGUGUUCAGUACACGCACUAAAAUCACUAAUGGAUCUUCAUUUAUAAAUGUAUUUAAUAAGUGUUCAGUACAUGCACUAAAAUCACUAAUGGAUCUUCAUUUAUAAAUGUAUUUAAUAAGUGUUCAGUACACGCACUAAAAUCACUAAUGGAUCUUCAUUUAUAAAUGUAUUUAAUAAGUGUUUAGUACAUGCACUAAAAUCACUAAUGGAUCUUCAUUUAUAAAUGUAUUUAAUAAGUGUUUAGUACAUGCACUAAAAUCACUAAUGGAUCUUCAUUUAUAAAUGUAUUUAAUAAGUGUUCAGUACACGCACUAAAAUCACUAAUGGAUCUUCAUUUAUAAAUGUAUUUAAUAAGUGUUGCAUUUUUCACAAACUUGUAUUUGUACAGUGGCUUGAAAUAAAAUUUACAAAAAAGUUUUAAACCAUUAAUAAUCUGUCUUUUAAAGUGAAUUAGG